GAAAUGCGGGCGGGGCGUUCCCGGGAUGUGGCGGGGUGUGGAAAAUUGGGAGUGCCAGGGCUGGUUUGUGUAGCAAGUGAAUGGCCUGAAGUGUCAGAGCGGGUUUAGGCUGGGUGUGAGGAAAAGGCUCUUCACCCAGAGGGUGGCUGGGACGGGCUCCCUAGGGAAUGGUCACAGCACCAGUCUGACAGAGUUCAGGGAGCCUUCGGGCACAUGGAUACUUGUCCUACGCGGGAAUAAGAGUUGGGCUCAAUGAUCUUUGUGGUUCCGUUCCAGUUCAGCGUUGGAGCCAUCAUAUUCUGUGAUUCUUGGUGUAUCAGUGUUUGAAGAAGCAGAGGGGGUGGGUGAUCCCUUGCACCAGGAAGGGGCCUGGUGAAGACAUCACCCACACCGAUGGGGGGAAUGGUGGAGAGCGUUUUUUGCCCUAAAACACGUGCAGAGGUGUUUGAAGGUGUAGUUUGAGGGUGUAGUUUGAUAUUUGGUCACCUGCGCUGGGCUCUAGGAAGAGGCCCUGGGUGUGUGUGCACACAGGCGAUGUAGAACUAAUGGCUCGGCGGAUGUGUGGAGAAGGGAGGUGGGAAAACACGUACUGGUGGAGGGUGUGGGAAGAGGUGAGGGCAGAAUAACCUGUAUGCCACAUGGCAAAGCAAGUGGAAAGAUGAAAUUGCCCUCAGCACAGAGUGUAGAGACUGGGUCUUUGAUUUUAUAACCCAGUGUUUCAAAGGUGUGAAUGUAGAAUAUAGAGCAUACAGGUGGUGUAAUUUGUUUGUGAAGCAGUGAUCAAGGGGUGUCUCAUGCUCUGAAGACUCCUGACAGAAAUAGUAGCUGCUUGGCUGUUGUAAAGUCUGGCCCAGAAUUUCCCAGUCUUAAAAAGUCCUUGAAUGUGUAAUAAUCUAAAAGCUUUAUGAUGGGAUAUAGAAGAGCAGUAGACCAAAGCACAUGGAGAUUAAGUAUUUCAAGUAGUCCUUCAUGGAACACUGUUUUAUUUCUUCUCUCUUCUGCUAAAGAUUGCUAGUCCGUGCAAGGUGGAAGAGAUAAACCUUGGAACAGGAAGAUCCCCCAGCUAGAGAGUUCUAUGUAGAUCAAACUCGGUAUAUCAUCAAACUUCUAGAAACUAAGAGGCAAAUGUUAGUGAUUCAUUAUUUCAGAUAAUUUUGGUGAACAGUCCUGAAAAGAGAUGACUUGCCUGCAAAAGCUGAUAAGAAAUGCUAAAAUCACAGCGGUAACAAAAUUUUGUAGCUAGGGUGUCACAGCUCUGCUUGAAGGGAUUUGCUGUUAAUGACUGAAGAGAUUUGGCCAUUGCUUUUUGACUGUGAAUAAUGUCUGAAAAUACAGAAUUAUUUUUGCAUUUAGGCUCAGAAAACUUGGGAGUCAGGAUGGAAUAAUGUCUUUUAUUAAACUGUCAUGUGGUAAUACAUCACAUGUUUCUUUAGGAAGCAUCCAAGUCAUCCUAGAAGACAAAAACCAUUUUGAUUAGUGGCAAAUUUCCACAUGCAGUUGAUAAUUAUAUUGCAUUGUUACCUACCUUAUCCUAGGGUAAAUAUUUUGGUUCUUCAGAUAAGCAGGUGUUUAAAAUUGACAGCAAUGGAAAACCUGUCUGCACCAAGGCCAGUGUGUGGCUCACUGGCAGCUUUUUGAAACUACUGUGCUACAGAGUUUUAAGGCAGUACUGGAAAUAAUUCUGCUUUGAAAUGUAAUGUUAACAGAAGUUGAAAUGGACACGUAUAGGAAUUGCCUUUGAUUCUUGUCAAUUAAGACAGAUUUGGAGUGUCUCAACAUCUAUGUCUAAAAUUAUUUCAAGAGACUAUUAUUACAGCCAAAUACUAACUGUAGUUAAAUGUGAUCUUCAUGCCUGGAAAGAUGUGUGGGCAAGUGAUUAAUUUCUGUUGGAUCUGUAGUUAUGGUGAAAAAAGAGUUGUUUUUUUUUUUCAACUUACAGACCAUCUGUUUUAGGAGAUGGUAUGUUCUAUGUCUGCAUGGAAGGUUUUUAGAAUUUUAGACAAUGCUUGAAGAUAAAAGGAGGACAAAAACCUAUUCUGCUUCUUAAGAGACUGCUUUGCAUAAAUGAAAAGAAACUGCAUUGUCAGAUUGGGUCUUGGUGGUCCUACCUUAGACAGGUAACUAGGGGUUAGUAGGCUUUGGAUAAUUUGCUUUGUCACUUCCUUAUAUUGCAGUUUGUACUUUGGCGUCUUGUUUGAUGUAAUAUAGGACAGGUGUGCAGCAGUGGCCAACUGGAAGAGUUUUGUGAGAGGUUUGCCUCCAGGUAUACUACGAUUGUUCAUGCAGUUUCAAAGACAAGCUUAUAGGUGUGUCAGAAGUUGCAUUCACAUCUUGAUCACCAUUUUAUUUGAAUUAUUGGCUGGAUUUACAUAAAUAAUGACAGGACCGCCUGCUCAGACCACCUCUGAAGAGAGGUUGUUUUAGAAAUGAGGAAAAGCAGUGGGGUCUGUUAGAUCUGAGUCUGGCUGGUGUCACUGCCAGUCUUAGUUUUGCAGAGCCAGAAUGGAUUGCAGGUGGAUUAGAGAUACCACUGGGACAACUUGGCAUAGAUUCCUGAUCACCCUAAUGUUGCUGUUACACCAAAGCAUUGUUUUGUCACGUGUGAUGAAACCUAAACUAAUGUCUUAAAAAUAGGGAAAUCUUGAAAAGUUGCUGAAUUUUGUAAGUUUCAUGAGAGUGUUAUGUCAUAGUAGCCUUUUUUUUUUAGAACUUUACUGAAAAAAUCUGAAUGCAGUCUAAAAGGAGCAUGGAAUUGCUCCUGUUGAUAUAAUCAUGUACUCUCUAGCUUUCCUAGCUGGCAAAAUCAGUAGAGACAUUGAUACUGCUUUGAGUCAAGGAUAAGCAAGCCUUGUCCAUUAAUCCAGAAAAAGUUCUAUCUGCCAAGUGGAGCAAAAAUCUGACAUAACAUUAGAUUUAUACCAAAAAGAUGGUACUUACUUAAACUCUUGCCAACACCUUAGUAAUUUCUGAUUGGGAGGAGGGGAAAUCUUGGUUAUUUUGAUUUUCUGAAUUAUUGAUUUUCUUAAUGUACUUUGGCCUACAGAAGGGUAUGUAAGGUGUUAGAAAUUAAUGUUUAACUUGCUUUACCUCACCAAAAUGUGUUUAAUGGAAGUACAUAAACUGUCCUGGUCAAAAACUUUCUCUUUUUGUUUACUGAGUCUCAGUCGAUCCAUCUCAGCAAUUUGUUCCAUUCUUUUGUUUGGAAUAUGUGAGAUUUUCUUUCUUUUAUUUACUAAGGCAGAAUAGUUUUUCUACUUAUACCAUCAGAAGAGGGAGAAGUCAUUUUACUGUUUAAUUACAGUUGAACUUCAUAAUACUUAAAUAUUCUUUAUACAGAAAUGUUAUAUACUAUUUGUAGAAGUAGAAGUAUUAAAAUUGAGUUUUAACUAGGGAAAAAAAUUUCUAUUCUAAAUUUUGGAAACAGAGCUUCGUUUGUUCUGUUAGGUACUAGAUGUCCAUUAUAAGUGGAGUAGUUACUGUGUAUCAGCACAGUGUGUACUGUUCAUGAAGUGUAUACCAUUUGAUUACUAUUUUAAAUUACUAUUAUUGAUGACACACUUCCUGUUUUCUCUAUUAUGUCAGGAGGUCUACUUCAAGAAUCUUUCAAAACAGAAACAAAAGGAAGUCAUGGAGAAGAAUGGAAACAACCACAAACUUCGUGUUUGUGUUGCUACUUGCAACCGUGCUGAUUAUUCAAAAUUGGCUCCCAUUAUGUUUGGUAUUAAGGCAGAACCACAGUUUUUUGAGCUUGAUGUCGUAGUGCUUGGUUCCCACCUGAUUGAUGAUUAUGGCAAUACCUAUCGUAUGAUUGAACAAGAUGACUUUGAUAUUCAUACAAGAUUGCACACCAUCGUGAGAGGGGAGGAUGAGGCAGCUAUGGUGGAGUCGGUGGGCCUUGCGUUAGUCAAGUUACCCGAUGUCCUCAACCGCCUGAAACCUGACAUAAUGAUAGUUCAUGGGGACAGAUUUGAUGCUUUGGCCCUGGCCACGUCUGCGGCCCUGAUGAACAUUCGCAUUCUUCACAUUGAAGGUGGGGAAGUCAGCGGGACCAUCGAUGACUCCAUCAGACAUGCCAUAACCAAACUGGCCCACUACCACGUGUGCUGCACCAGGAGUGCAGAGCAGCACUUGAUAGCCAUGUGUGAAGACCACGACCGCAUCCUUUUAGCAGGCUGUCCCUCGUAUGACAAGCUCCUCUCUGCCAAAAACAAGGACUACAUGAGUAUUAUUAGCAUGUGGCUAGGUGAAGAUGUCAAAACGAGAGAUUAUAUAGUUGCUCUGCAACAUCCUGUAACCACAGAUAUUAAACAUUCCAUAAAGAUGUUUGAGCUGACACUAGAUGCACUCAUCUCCUUCAACAAGAGAACACUUGUUCUAUUCCCUAAUGUGGAUGCAGGAAGCAAAGAGAUGGUUCGUGUGAUGAGGAAGAAGGGCAUUGAACACCAUCCCAAUUUUCGGGCAGUAAAGCAUGUGCCAUUUGACCAGUUCAUUCAGCUGGUUGCUCACGCUGGUUGCAUGAUUGGUAACAGCAGUUGUGGUGUCAGAGAGGUGGGAGCGUUUGGGACACCAGUCAUCAACCUGGGGACACGUCAGACGGGAAGAGAAACAGGUGAAAAUGUUCUUCAUGUUCGUGAUGCUGAUACACAGGAUAAGAUUCUUCAUGCUCUACAGCUGCAGUUUGGGAAGCAAUAUCCAUGCUCAAAAAUAUAUGGAGAUGGUAAUGCUGUUCCAAGGAUUUUGAAGUUCCUUAAAUCUAUUGACCUCAAAGAACCACUGCAAAAGAAAUUCUGUUUUCCUCCUGUCAAAGAUAAUAUCUCUCAAGAUAUUGAUCAUAUUCUAGAGACACAGAGUGCUCUGGCAGUGGAUCUAGGCGGAACAAAUCUCCGAGUAGCAAUUGUCAGUAUGAAGGGUGAAAUAGUUAAGAAGUAUACCCAGCUCAACCCCAAAACCUAUGAAGACAGACUAGCAUUAAUUUUAAAGAUGUGUGUAGAGGCUGCAUCAGAGGCAGUAAAUGUAAACUGCAGAAUUUUGGGAGUAGGUAUUUCCACAGGUGGACGGGUAAACCCUCGAGAAGGAAUUGUGCUUCACUCUACAAAACUCAUUCAGGAGUGGAGCUCUGUGGAUCUCAGAACUCCUAUAUCUGAUGCUUUGCACCUGCCAGUCUGGGUGGACAAUGAUGGAAACUGUGCUGCUCUAGCAGAGAGGAAAUUUGGUCAUGGAAAAGGAAUAGAAAAUUUUGUAACACUGAUUACUGGUACAGGAAUUGGAGGUGGAAUCGUUCAUCAACACGAAUUGAUCCAUGGCAGUUCUUUCUGUGCUGCUGAGCUUGGGCACAUUGUUGUAUCCUUGGAUGGACCAGAGUGCCUGUGUGGCAGCCAAGGAUGCAUAGAAGCCUAUGCCUCAGGAAUAGCAUUGCAGAGAGAAGCUAAGAAACUGCAUGAUGAUGAUCUGCUUUUAGUAGAAGGUAUGUCAAUGAAGGAGGAGGAGAUUGUUAGUGCUGCGCACCUUAUUCAAGCAGCUAAACUUGGGAAUACAAAAGCAGAAAGCAUUCUCAGAACAGCCGGGACGGCACUGGGCCUUGGCGUUGUGAACAUUCUGCACACCGUGAACCCUUCCCUCGUGAUCCUUUCUGGAGUUCUAGCCAACCACUACGUCAGUGCUGUCAAAGAGGUGAUAAAUCGACAGGCGCUGUCCUCGGUUAAAACAGUGGAUGUGGUGGUCUCAAAUCUAGCAGAUCCUGCUCUUCUCGGAGCUGCUAGCCUGGUACUGGAUUAUACCACACGUAGAAUAUACUAAAGAAUUACAGAAAAAUUAGAGAAUUGGACUAUUCAGAUUCCCAAUGGGUGGAGGGAUUACUUUGCCCCAAACUUUUCUCUGAUGAGAGCAGCUAAUGAAUCAAAGUAGUGUUCUGAGUAAUUAGUGACUAUUUUAGCAUUUCCUAAUUAAGGUAUUAUCUUUUUGUAUUUUUCCUAAAUUUCAGCUGACCUCAUUGGAAGUAACGUGCAAUUCUGGUUUUUUAAGCACCUCUAUUGUUAAGCCUAUACAUUACUUUUGAGUGUGGCUGAAUUAUUUAUGAGUAUCUCUUGCUGUAUGGGGAUAAUGUGUAUGGUGUGUAAAAUUAUUACAACUCUUGGGGAUCCAUAUCUCAUUUCCCAUGUAUGUGAAAUGAGACGUUUACCAGCUUUUCAGUUUCCAGGAUUCCACCCACAAAGUAAAUAUGAUGUAAUCACCAGUAGCAGGUAGUAAUUUCAGUGGGUGGAAACGAGGGCCUUUAUUAAAGGGUAUUAAAGGUAUUAAAAAAAGGCUACACUUAGAAAUUUCUUUUCAUUAAGGACUUGGUAGAGGCAACCAAGUUUAUUUAUUAGAUUAUCUCUAAAGGCCAGUGUCCCAUUUUAGAAGCUUUACAUAUGAAGGAAAAAACCUACAGUUUAUUGAGCUUACAACCUGCAGAGGAAUCCAAACAAAACUGAUAAGUAGUUGCAGUGAUGCAGUGAGUAUCUUUGUCUUCUAGCUAUGGCCAAUAGUAAAUUGCAUUUUAAUCUUGGGGGAUGUCUCAAGAGACUUAAUCUACUACUUUCAGUGAGGUGGGUUGCUUAUUUUUUGGUAGCCAGUUAGCUGAAAUUCAGCCACAUAGCACAGCUGAUCAUAAAGAAUCUACCUUUCACUGCAGAGUGACACAGUGCAUCCCCUCAGCCAUUCGGGUGGCUGCAGGUGCAAUGUUCUUGUCCUGUUUUCACCAUCAGCUUUCAGGAUGGAAAGUCAAAUCUGAUCCUUAUCCUUGCCUUCAGAACAUUCAGAGCCUAGGGGAAAAGUAUGUCAAGUGCCAGUGAAGGCUUGCCUAAGUAAGCUGUGGCUUGUAUUUCUUUAAUGAGUCCUUGAUAUACAGUGGUGUCUUUAUCCAGCUGCUUUUUUAGCAUACUUUCAAGAUGCUGGAGAAAUUGAAAAACAAACCCAUCUAUCAGCUAAUUCAGAAAGAUAACUCUGGAGGAACAGUCACAAGACUAUCCUGUCCUGAAUUUAAUGACCUAUUUUGACAUCUAACUCAACCACUGUUAUUCUAAGAAGUCCAGUAAUGUGUCAGUACAGGGGCUAUUUCCACACUUGAACUUCUCUUCCAAUUAAAAUGAAACAAUCUUCUGCUAUAUAAUGAACUUGGACUAAAUAGCUCCUAGUUCACUCACUAAUUCUGGGAUAUAAUCUAUACACAUUGUCUUUACUUCACCCUUCUUCCACAAAGAAUGCUUUUACUGGUAACUCACAUAUUCAGUGCAGAUUUCAGGAACACCACCAGAUCUCCCUUCUAAUGUAUCCAUGAACAAUCAUACAGCCUCUAUACCACUGGCAAAUAACUGGUUCUUACCUGUUUGCCAAGUUAUACUAGGCUUUAUGUAACCAAGGAGUUUUAGUUCCUUUCCCUACAUGUUGUUGUUUACUUGAUGAUUCCAUUACCUUCAAUACCAGAGUAUUAGCUCUGUGAGCAGCUCAAGGAGAAGCUGGCAUUUCUCUGCAGUGACAGCAGCUCAGGAGUAUUGAGGUUCUAACAGUGAGGAGGCCUGUCAUUUGAUCUUUCCAUCCUCUGCUAUCACAAGGAAUGCCUGGCUGGAAUGCUUGGCUAAAAGUGGGACCAAGUUUUUGCUUUCCAGACCCUCUGAAGCUCUGUAUUUUUGGUAUCCCAGACUCAAAAUCUUUUUCCCUAGCAGCUGAAGGGAGGGUGCAGGCACAGAAAAACCACAACAGACUAAAACACAGUUGAAAAGUUCUACACCUUUAACAUGAUGUUAAGAAAACAAUUCUUCAAAUUAUUUUGAAAAUGCUUUUUUUUGGUCAAUCGUCCAAGAACUUGCUGCAUAUGUACAAGCUGUUUAUAAACUCAGAAAGAAUUAAAAAAUCAUGUUUAAUAGCAUAA